AUGUAACCGCGACUCUUUGCUAUGCUUGUCUAUGUGGAGGGGCAAGCAUUGUGUUUAUGUUGGCGACAGUGUGUUUUCUGACAUGGUGCCGAUCCUCUAUUUUCAUUAGCAAUAAACGCCGUUAUCAAAUCGCACUAACCUAAAAGCCGAACGGACGCACGAUCAAGAAAAAAUUUAAAGUGCUGUGGGAAGGAGAACGGUAUAAAAAAGGCGAAAUGAGUUUUUGCACCUCCUUGUAAAGCACGUGUUAUUUUACGGAGGAGCAAUUUUGUGGGAGGCCUUUGGAAAAUUGACAAUAAAAAUGGCAGGACGAAGGAGGCCCAAUCUCAAACUCCAAGUAUCAGAAGAUACACAACCAAUUAUAACACCGCCAGCGAAUUUAGACACACGAACGACGAUAACGAUAGGCGAUCAAACAUUCGACGUUGAAGCCGACGACCUCGAGAGAAUCUCGGACCUGGGAAGAGGCGCGUACGGCAUAGUAGAAAAGAUGCGACACAUCCCCAGUGGGACCAUAAUGGCAGUGAAGAGGAUCACCGCCACCGUCAACACCCAGGAACAAAAACGCUUGCUCAUGGACUUGGACAUAUCGAUGCGCAGCAGCGCGUGUCCGUACACGGUACAGUUCUACGGCGCCCUUUUCAGAGAGGGCGACGUAUGGAUUUGCAUGGAAGUCAUGGACACCAGUCUGGACAAGUUCUACGCGAAGGUUUACAGUAAUGGACGCAGGAUUCCGGAAAACGUCCUGGGGAAGAUUUCGUUCGCCGUCGUGAAUGCCCUGCACUAUCUCUAUUCGCAACUGAGGGUCAUCCACCGGGACGUCAAGCCGUCGAAUAUUCUAAUCAACCGGAAGGGCGAGGUGAAAAUGUGCGACUUCGGCAUCAGUGGGUAUCUAGUCGAUUCCGUGGCCAAAACCAUUGACGCAGGGUGUAAACCGUACAUGGCCCCCGAAAGAAUAGACCCUCAGGGCGACCCCUCGACAUACGACAUCCGAUCGGACGUGUGGAGCUUCGGAAUAUCUCUCAUAGAGCUGAGCACUGGCCAGUUCCCGUAUCAGAAGUGGGGCACGCCUUUCGAACAGCUCAAACAGGUGGUGACUGACGAACCGCCCAAAUUGCCAGCUGAUGGUCAGUUCAGCGACAGCUUCAUAGACUUCACCAACAACUGUUUGAAGAAGAAUUGCCGAGACAGAUGGAACUAUAACCAAUUGCUAGAGCAUCCGUUUUUAAUUGCCGCUCGGGAGAUGAACACCGACAUAUCGGGGUUCGUUUCAGAGAUUCUCGAUUUGCCCGACAAUCCCUGAGACUCGUGUGUUGCCUCGUAACUUCUACUUAGUCGUGCAGGUUCCUACUUGUGCCACUACCAGGAUGUUUGUUUUUAAGUAUGUUUUAAAAAAAAGAAUUACGUUGAUUUUAAAUUGCUUCAUUUCGCAAUGUUUUAAUUUUAUUUUACUAUCAAGGAAAUGUAAGAAUUUUUUACUUAUCAUACCUCACUAUCUAUAAUGGAGAAAAGUUUUAGUUUUCCAGUUUUAUUUGUUACUUUUUAAAUUUCUUUAUUUUAAAAUUACAUGUUUUCAAUUAAUUUUGUGUAAAUAGAAUGCAGUAAGUACAAAGUACGAUGAAUACUCGUAAAACGAGUUCAUAUAGAAAAAACACCAAUUUAAAUGUAGAUGUAAGUGAGUUAUAAAAAUUAUUUUUACUAGCAUAAAAUGUAAUGUGUUCUAUAAAACUUUAUAGUAAAACUGACUGACACUAUGUAUUAUACUUAAUAAAUUACUAUUAACAAUCAGUGUAGUGGUAUCCAAACUUUUAUCAAGGUCGAUUUAUCAGGUACAAAGCAAUACAAUACAAUCAUCAUGAUCACUACAGUUGGUUACUACACUAUGGAAUUUAGGUACUUGGCAAGUGGAACAUCACAGUGGUGCUCAACAUACUUAAAAAGUAUUAUAUCUUCCAUUUCUGAUUCUGAGUACCUCUAUUUCAUAAUAAUACUUUGUAUUUAUUCACAGUGUGAUUGUACUGAUUAUUUGUUUGAACUUAUUAAUGAACACAAACUGUAUUUAUGUAUUAUUGAUCUUUUAUUUGUUAUAGGACAAAAUAAUUGUUACCUAAAUUGGAAAAUUAUGAUUUGUGUGAUCAAUAAAGGAAAUUGUUGAAUUAGGAA